AUGUUGGCUGGAGAGCAAGGAAAUGAGACAGGCAUCACCAAAUUCAUCCUCUUGGGUUUGGGGAAUCACACAGAAUUGUGGCCUUUUCUUUUCUUAGUCUUCCUGGUGAUUUAUCUUGUGACAAUAACUGGCAACAUUUUCAUCAUUGUGCUAGUUGCAGUGGACCAACACCUUCAUACCCCCAUGUACUUCUUCCUAAGAAACUUGUCCUGUCUUGAGAUCUGCUAUACCUCAACUAUCUUGCCAAAAAUGUUGAGCAAUCUGUUAACUGGAGACAGAACGAUUACUGUGAGUGGGUGCCUCUGCCAAUAUUAUUUCUUUGGCUCUUGUGUGGGCGUAGAAGCAUUUCUCCUUGCAGCAAUGUCUUAUGACCGUUACUUAGCAAUAUGUAGACCUUUGUUCUAUGCUUCUGUUAUGAACAGGAAACUUUGUUUCCAGCUUACGGCUGGGGCAUGGCUAAAUGGUGUGAUGGCUAAUAGCAUAGUUGUGUUUCUGUUAGCCCAGUUUCCUUUCUGUGGAUCUAAUGCAAUAGACCAUUACUUUUGUGAACUCUUCCCACUUGAAAAACUGACUUGCAGUGAUCCUAAACUAUUUAAACUCAUUGUUCUUCUCCUGGCCUUCAUUUUUACCAUUCCUCCAUUUUUACUGACCAUCAGUUCUUAUGUUCAUAUAAUUGCUAGUGUCAUAAGAAUCCAAUCCACCAUUGGAAGGCGGAAAGCUUUUUCAACCUGCUCAUCUCAUCUUGCUGUGGUUUGUCUUUUUUAUGGCACAAUUAUCAUUGUGUAUUUAUUGCCAGACAGUCUGACUCUGAGACAGCUUAAUAAAAUCUUCUCCAUCUUUUACACUAUCUUGACUCCCCUGGUCAAUCCCCUCAUCUACACAUUAAGAAACAAAGAAGUUCACAAAGCUUUAAGACGGGUUCUCAUUAAAUUGGCUUUUUUUGGUGGGGAAAGGAUAAUCUGA